UGCGAUCACGGCAACGGCACAACAUCGCCGUUCUCGCGGUAUAGUGCUCCGUUUACCGUUCGCUUAAUGGCGCUUCCAGUUGGAUUAGCGCUGAUCUGCGCAGUAUUUGGGUUGAUCUACGCGCUAGUGAAAUACAACUAUCGUUAUUGGACCAACCGAAAUGUGCCAACACUCGAACCUUCGUUCCCUUUCGGUAACUUUGGGGAUCUCAGGCACAAAUCUCCGGCCGAAGUAUCAUCGGAGCUGUACCAUCGGAUGGAUCCUCGGAACCGGUUCUACGGUCUCUUCGUAACGCUACAACCGGCCCUCAUGCUGACCGAUCCCGAACUCAUCAAAACGAUUCUGAUACGCGACUUUGCGACCUUCCCGGACCACGGAAUAUACCUCAACGAGCGUGUUGACCCACUUUCUGCCCACCUCUUCGCCAUGGAAGGCGCUCGCUGGAAGGCAACCCGUUCGAAGCUGUCACCUACCUUCACCGCCGGCCGGAUGCGGGCCAUCUUUCCGAUACUGCAACAAGUGGCCCAGAACUUUAAACAGUUUCUACGCUCACAGGUCGGCGAGCAAGGGGCCGAGCUGGACGUUAAGGACUACAGUGCGCGCAUGAUGAUCGACAACAUCGGUAGCUGCGCGUUCGGUAUCGAGUGCAAUAGCUUCCGCGAUCCGGACAGUGCCUUCCGGCGUACGGGUCAGUUGGCUUUUGAAAAGCCGCGGCACUCGCAGCUCGUGAGUAUGGUGCUGCGGUUGUAUCCGGCCGUUGGCCAUGCUCUUGGAAUGAAGGCAAAUCGCGAUGAGGUGAUCGAUUUCUUCUCGCGACUGGUAGAGGAAACGGUGGCCUUCCGGGAGCGUAGCAAUGGAACGAAACGGAACGAUUUCAUGGACCUGUUGAUGGAGCUAAGGGCGCGUGAAGGCGAUACUGAUGGUCUAUCGAUGGAUGACUUGAAAGCACAGACUUUCGGGUUCUUUGUGGCGGGCUACGACACUUCUUCCUCGAAUGUAACCUUCUGUCUGUAUGAGCUAGCGUUGAACGAAGAGUGUCAGGAGCGUGCAAGGACCUGCGUCCUGGAAGCACUUCAAAAGCACGGUGGUAUGACUUAUGAGGCGAUCGCCGACAUGGACUACCUGGAUCGUUGUAUCAAUGAAACCUUAAGAAAGUAUCCACCACUGGCGAUGCUGCAGCGGACGUCCUGCAAACCAUACCGUAUCCCGGAUAGUGACGUAGUAUUGCCAGCGAAGAUGAAGAUCCUCAUACCGAUUUAUGCGAUUCAACGUGAUGCACGCUACUAUCCGGAUCCGGACCGUUUCGAAGCAGAUCGGUUCACGCCAGAAGCCGUCGCUGAGCGGCCACUGUGCACAUUCCUGUCAUUCGGUGAGGGACCACGGGUCUGCAUCGGUCAACGGUUGGGAAUGAUGCAAGCGCGCGUCGGACUAGCUACCGUAUUGGCCAAUUUUCGUAUCCGUCCCGGUCCCAACACACCGAUACCGUUGGUGUACGCUAAGGACUCUGUGACUUUCCAGAACCGGGGUCCUGUGAUGCUGCAAUUCGAGCCCCUCGAUACUAUGGUGGACGAUUGAGCAGGUUGCAGGUGGUGCUGUAAAGUUGGUUUCGGUUUUUAUUUACAUCAACCACUCCCAUUAGUUUUAAAUAAUUCUGUUGAAAGACUACAACAUAUACAACACUGCGCAUUAAAAGGAAAGAACUUAUGCUAAACAGACACAGUUUAAUUAGAUGGUAAGUAUCAAAAGCAAGAUUGGAAAGGACCCUCACCUCACCAAUGCAUAUCAAAGAUUUUCCAAUUGCUGUUCAGACAAAUUAUAAACU